CAUAUUAUUUUUAUUGCUCUCCUUUCAUCUCUAGCUCUGAGUAAUUCUUUUGUUAUAGUAAAGAGAGAUAGAGAGAGAGGGUACCCUAUGCUGGGGGACUUAGGGAGCUCCUCCGAUGCCACCACCGCCACCGCUACGGCUGUUAAGCCUUUCGGGGCUCACGAGGGCGGUGGCGGUGAUGGCGGGGUCGGCUCGAACUCGGGGGAAGAGGAGAAGAAUAGUUAUAGCAGAGGCGGUGGCGGUGGCGGUGACGAUUUUGGUGAUAGGAGCUUCGGUGGCAACCGAUGGCCUCGCCAGGAAACGUUGGCUCUCUUGAAGAUUCGGUCUGAUAUGGACGUGGCGUUUCGUGAUGCAAGUGUUAAAGGUCCAUUAUGGGAUGAAGUUUCAAGGAAGCUAGCAGAGCUUGGCUUUCAUCGAAGCGCCAAGAAAUGCAAGGAGAAAUUCGAGAACGUCUACAAGUAUCACAGGAGAACAAAAGAAGGCCGAACUGGCAAAUCCGAGGGCAAGACCUAUCGGUUUUUCGAUCAGUUACAAGCCCUUGAAAAUCAACCUCCUACUCCGACCACGCCCAACUCUACUACCACUCAUCAACCAAGGCCGCAACCCACAAUUGCAAUGGCAGUGUCAAACCCUCCUCCUCUUCCUACAAUUUCUCACAUCAAUAGUACUAGUACUAACAGUACUAAUACUGUUCCAUCAGCUGCACCACACCAAGGCAUUGCAACACCAACAAUCCCUAGCUCGUUAUUCCCUCCAACAAACCCUAUAACAUUCACACCACCGCCGCAGCCUCCGCCGCAACAAAACCCUACUUCUCACCACCAGCAUCACCAGGCCACUACAUUUGUCCCGCCUUCUACAUUUCCGAGCAUAUCAUCCACCGACCUCAUGUCGAAUUCGACAUCUUCGUCAACCUCAUCCGACGAAGAAAUGGAAGGUCGUGCCAAGAGGAAGAGGAAGUGGAAGGACUUCUUCGAGACCCUGAUGAAGCAGGUUGUCUACAAGCAGGAGGAUCUCCAGAAGAGGUUCCUUGAAGCCAUCGAGAAGCGCGAGCACGAGCGAAUGGCAAGAGAAGAAGCUUGGAGAAUGCAGGAGAUGGCCCGCAUUAACCGCGAACGUGAAAUUCUCGCCCAAGAACGCUCCAUCGCCGCCGCCAAAGACUCCGCCGUCAUGUCCUUCUUGCAAAAAAUAGCCGAACAACAGCAUAACCCCCAAGCCACACCCACUAUUACUCCUAAUAACCAUUUGGUGACGUCACAUCCGCCGCAGCCACACCCACCACCAGCUCAGCAACCAGCUCCUCCUCCGCAACGGCAGCAGACUACACCACCACCGCCAGCACUGCAGAUAACACAAGCGCCGAUCACGAGUUUCGAGAUUACUCCGAGAGCAAACGGUGAGAGUAACAACGACAAUAAUAAUAUGGUAAGUGCUACUACUACGCCGAGCUCAUCGAGAUGGCCGAGAGUGGAGGUACAUUCACUCAUCAAGCUAAGAACAAGUCUGGACUCAAAGUACCAAGAGAACGGCCCCAAGGGACCUCUCUGGGAGGAGAUAUCGGCAGGGAUGAAGAAGCUCGGGUACAACCGGAGCGCGAAGAGGUGCAAGGAGAAGUGGGAGAACAUCAACAAGUACUUCAAGAAGGUGAAGGAGAGCAACAAGAAGAGGCCCGAGGAUUCCAAGACGUGUCCUUACUUCCACCUCCUCGACAGUUUGUACAAAGAGAGGAACAACAAGUACUUUGAUCAGAUGGGGAAUAAUAAUAAUAAUAACGACAACAAUAAUUCACCAAAGCCGGAGAACAAUGCGGCGCCGAUGAUGGUGAGGCCGGAGCAGCAGUGGCAACCUCCGAGGGUGGAACCAGAAAUGGAUCAAAACCAUGAGGAAGAAGAGAGGGAUGGUGACGAGGACGAGGACGAGGACGAUGAGGAAGACGAGGGCAACUAUGAGAUAGUGGCAAACAAAGGAGCUUCAGUUUCAGUGGGAGCAUCAGCAACAGCUGAGUGAGUGAGUCGUGAAAAAAGGGCAAAGAAAUUAAGAAAGUUUGUUUCAAAUUUCAAUGCGGGUCAGAUUUUGCAAUUUGCAGGGCUACCGGAUCGGGUAAGUGGGUGGUGGAGUAAAUUAGAAUGAAAAUACACACAGAAGUGGCAAGAAAGAAAACACAGAAACACACAUGGUGGGGAUCGAAAGGAAGGAAAAGAGUGGUCAGCGAUGAUCAUAUAGUCAGUAAAAUUAUAUAAUGUCAAUUUACAAUUUAUUUAUUUAUUUUUCUACAAUGAUAAAUGAGCUAGCUAUAUAUAGCCAUGAGAAAGAAAUCUAGAGAGGUGUUCAUUUCAGCUUGUUCAAAAAAUAAACAAGUCACUUUGUAAUAGUUUCUGCUUCUGCUUAGUUUUGUUCAUGGAAUAUUAUUGGGGAUGUAAAUUUGUUAGUCUUUGUUUUGCCUC